AUGUCCGCAAAUAAGAAAACAUCGGCAGUGAUCUUAGCCAAUAAACGACGAGAAGAAUCGUUAAAUCGAACUUAUACAGUUGAACGAUUACUCAAACGACGCCGACGAAAAGGCCGAACUGAAUAUUUAGUCAAAUGGAAACAUUACGAUCGAAGUCACAACUCUUGGGAACCAGAAAGUAAUAUUCUCGAUAAAUCAUUGAUUGAUAGUUAUAGAAAACAGAACAAAUCAAUUACUCGACGUACUUCAUCACCGAAGAAAUCCUCUCGAGAUCAAACUGAUGAUGUAUCAUCCGUCAAGCAUGAUACAUCAGAUAAAGAAGAUCAAAUUAAUGAUGACGAGGAAGAGGAAGAAGAAGAGAAAAACAUCACUCCGACUGCGCCCGCGACUGUUGAUUACUGGUACCCACCCAAAGGUGAUGAAAAAACGAAAAUUACAAUCACAGACAUUACUUCCGACAAUGUCACUAUUACUUUUCGCGAACUAAUAUGA